UGAUUGUUUACUGUCUGCAAUGUGACCAGCAUCGUGCCGCAUACCGCGUCUAUCGAUAGACAAACUAACCAUUAUUAACUAGCGAUGACAGAUGGGUGGGCAUAGAAAACAGCUGUUUUAUGACUAAAUCAUCGGCCUUACUUUUCAAAAACUGGCUCUGCGUCCGCUGCCUGCGUUUUAUUUACUAUGCACUAAGCGUUCGCUCGCUGUUGAUUACUUCAUAGACAGAGCGAUACUUGAGCAGCUACCAGCCCCCUAAAAAAUUAGCGAAAGAAACUGCGAUUGCAGCAAUAAAGCGUAAUAGACCAAGUUACGAAAUCAAUAAAAAAAACAAGUGAUAAAAGACAGCAACGCAAUGAGCAAAACAGAGACAGCAACAACUGCGGCGAAGGCGACAACGUCGACGUCAACGACGACGCCCAAAGCAGCAGAGACGAAUGCGCGCCAACAGCUGGAAACGUAUCGCGUCUAUGUGGUCACCUGGAAUGUGGGAAGUCGCUUUCCCGACAACAUUUCGCUACGCCAGCUGCUGGGAUUGCACGACGAUGCCAGCGGCGAUGCUGCUGAUUAUUUGCCCGAUAUUUAUGCCAUCGGAUUGCAGGAGGUGAACGCCCAGCCACAGCAGCAGGUGCUGGGACUCUUCAAGGAAGACCCGUGGACGCAUAAGGCAAAGAAAUUGUUGCGUUUCUACGAUUAUGUCGCUGUGAAGACGGAACAAAUGCAGGGAUUACUAUUAACCAUGUUUGUGCGUCGGCCACAUGUGGAGCACAUCAAGGACAUGGAGGCGGAAUUUACACGUACCGGUUUUGGUGGCAUUUGGGGCAACAAGGGAGCGGUGAGUGUACGUUUCACACUCUACGGUUGCGGCUUGUCGUUCGUUGUUGCCCAUUUGGCGGCUCACGAUCAUCAGCUGGACGAACGGAUUGAGGACUAUAAGCAAAUACUUGAGAACCAUCAUUAUCAUGUGAAGCGUUAUCGCGAGAUCUACGAUCAUGAUUAUGUCUUCUGGUUUGGUGAUCUCAACUUUCGGCUGCAGGGCACCGAUACCUCCGCCGAGGUGCGCGAAGCGUUGCGCGACGAUCGAUUACAUGACGCCCUCAUCAAACGCGAUCAGUUGUUCGAGGUGCGCGAGAAGACGCAACAAGCAUUCCAGGUGAUGCACGAAAGGCUGCCCGCCUUUCCGCCCACCUUCAAGUUCAAGGAGGGCACCUCCGAGUACGAUCUGAAGCGUCGUCCGGCGUGGACGGAUCGCAUUAUGUAUGCGGUGCAACCGUUGAAUCGCCAGCCAGGCAUGCAGCUGGCCAUUGAGCAGUGCUCGUAUAAAUCGCAUCCCGCCUACAGUAUAAGUGAUCACAAGCCGGUCACAAGUGACUUCACCAUCAAACUGUAUCCGAAUUAUCGGGAACCAGGUGUGCAAUUCACUCCGCCAUCCGUUUGGCGGAUGGGCAACGAGAAUACCGUGGAGUAUCGCAAGCAACCGGAGUUUGAGGAGGGACCCAACGAUUGGAUCGCCAUCUAUGCCACCGACUAUGCCAGUCUGGCCGAUUAUGUGGCCUACGAGUAUGUGAAUCAGGCCGAAUCGCCCACAUCAUCCGAUUCCAAUCCGGAUCGGGAUCACUUCGAAACUCCGGGGCCGACACCGCGUCGCACUAGACGGCAUCAGCAUCGCAAUCAGCAGCGUUUGCGUCGCCAGCAGGAGGCCAACGAGGAGCUGGUGCGUCUGGAUUUCGCCGAUGACAUCGAUUUGCGUCACGGCGAACAAUAUUUGCUGGUCUAUUUCCGCAGCACAGGAUUGCGCGGCGUCACCAGCAUCGCCGGCAUCUCGAGCACAUUUGUGGCCGAGAAGCGAAGCGGUUCUCCUCAUCGCACCGAAUACCAUGUGGACUAGCUGGCAGAGGCAUUGGACAUUUAUAUACUUUAGUCGGGAGAGAGUGCUAUCAUGAUGCCUUAUAUCUUUUUUAUACCAAUGUGUAAUACGAUCAAAUUGUAGCCGCAUUUCUUAGUUUUUAACAGACUAUGUCAAGUGCUUGUUUUUUUUUAUUAUAAACAUAUAUGCAUAUAUGUUUGAACUAUAUAUAUACAUGUUAAAUAUUUUGUAAAGUAACAACUGGCAUUCAAAAUUUAUUUUAAAUGUUAUACACUGAUUUCUUCGACAUUUAGUAAGGAUUAAAGACCCAAUACCUCAAGACGAACAACUAACCAAAGUAAAUAACGAAGAAAUUACAAAAUACUACAAAGUAUAACAUUUUGAAUGAAUUUUUCAUGGCCACGUUACGCUUUGUACAUUUAGCAGCUACGUUUUAAUAUUGUUUUCAGUGCACAUUUCAGCACAUCAAAUGUGGUAUAUACAUAAAUGUUUUUUUUAUUAUGUUUGUUCAUAUAUAAGAAUUUAUAUAUACGACUAUAUAUUUUAUAUGCAAAUACAUACACAACUGACCAUU